AUGAUGGAUGUCGGCCCCGCAUCCAAUAUUCCAUACCGUCGUCUCAGGAUCGUCGAGCCUGUACAGGCACCUAUUGUCCAAGUAUCCUGCGGCGCGUUCGACUAUGAAGAAGCAAGGGAUGCACCUGCACCAGAUAUCGAUGCAAACAAGUACAACGCCGUCGUACCGUCGAUCACGACUCGCAACUUCGUUUCCUUUGGAGGGGAGAAAGAAUCGCUGUCGUCCGGUGGAGACUACUACCUCAAUGAAACGAUGCAGCAGUCCUUAUGGAACUUCACCCGCAAACUUUCUGGGCAAAACUUUACAUGGAUCGACAUGAACACCACAGAUACUGGAAUCUCGUUGGGGGCCCUCACAACAUGGCAGUACUCAUUAUAUUCAGGCAAUGGUAGUGAAGCAUCCAUUCUAAGAAGCAUGCUGCUCCCUUGUGCCAUCGAGGCCCGUUGGACACCGGUGGAAACAACAUUCGACCAUGGUUCACGAUUCUCUUCCCUUGUUUCCUCAAACCUCACGAAUCUGGAUAUUUUUGAUAAGGCAAAUGAUAUAACCACAAGCCGACCGCUACCGAUCGAUAUGGACUGGGCCAAUUCAUUGAAUUUGCCGUUCAAUCUGCACAUGGGGCCACAAGAUCCAAGUGCGCCACUAAUGCAGCAACUGAUCCAACUCUACAUGAGCGGACAGACGAACUUUAAUGACACCUUCAUUCCUAAUAUGAAUACCGAUAUGCGCAACAGAUUCGAGAACAUUACGUAUGUGCUAGAGACGAUUAUCGGCUUCGUUAUUGCAGACGGCUUAGCCAGUGUCAACUACGACGCAGGUGUCAUGAUUGCAAACUCGUCACUCAACUACCUCUUAAAUACUGACUACCCGGCCAACUACACCGAAGAUCCCGAUAUGGUCUUGAGGAGCCUGCUAACUCCCGAUGUCAGGCUUGGGUUCGUCUACUCAGCCAACAUGGCGAAGAUCGAAAGCGCGCUCCAGCCAUUUAGUGUCACUGUAGAGCAAUAUGGGUACGGUUGGGGCAACCAAUCCGUCUUUUGGUGGAUUGCUAUCUCGAUGCUCUUGCUGCAUGCUAUUCUUGCCGUCAACUUCCUCGGAUUUCGGUUAUGGUUGUACUUUAUUCGGGGGGAAAGGCAUGAAGUAUCCAGUUGGGAGACAGCUAGAGAAUUGCUAGUGCUGGCGCUGCUAUCAAACCCUCCAGAGGAACUGCGAGGUGGGAAAACGAGGGUGGCGAUCGAUGCAUGGAACCUUCCUAUUCACAUUAGAGAUAUAGGGAAAGACGAAAUUGCCAUGGUAGUGAAUCCAGAGAAGGGCCAGAGUAUCGUGGAGACGGACAAGAAGUACACUUGA